AUGUCCUCGGAUCCUGUUUUCGUCCUCCCAGGCGACCAUAUCGACCCGGAAAUCAUCCCUUCUCAUCCUCAAAAACCUUUGCGAUUGGGUCCCGGCCUGCGACAUGUACCACCGAAUGACAUUCUACCCACACUGGCCGGCCAGCUUGUCGUAGAUCAUCCCAGAAAUGCCAUGAGAAUAGAAUCUUCGCGAGGACGAUAUGUUCCUCGAGUAGGCGAGCUUGUGAUAGGAACAAUACAAAAAACUGCUGCAGAUGUAUACUAUGUUUCCCUGUCAGAUUACACGGCUCCUGCACUUCUACCACAAUUAUCUUUCGAAUCAGCAACGAAAAAAACCCGCCCUGUCUUGGCACCGGGAGCUUUGGUCUAUGCUCGCAUCAGCAUGACGAAUAAGCACAUGGAUGCUGAGCUCGAGUGUGUUAACUCGUCCACGGGGAAAGCGGAUGGGCUUGGCCCUCUAACGGGGGGCAUGCUCUACAGUAUCUCACUGGGGAUGGCAAGACGAUUGAUGAUGCCCAAGAGCAUGCAACAUGGCGCAAUUGUCGUGCUGGAAGAGCUCGGUGCUUCGGGGCUGCAGUUCGAGACAGCCACGGGUCGGAACGGACGGUUUUGGGUGGAGAGUGAAAACAUCAAGACGGUUAUUGCAGUGGGCCGAGCUGUCCAAGAAACGGACGCAAAGGGAUUAGGAGUUGAUGGCCAGAAAAGACUGGUCCGCAGCAUAAUAAAGGAACUGAGCUGA